GUGUCUCCUGGGAACUGCAUGCUGGGAGUUGCAUUGCACCUCUGCAUUUUUUCCUGGAGGCUCUCUCUCCUCCAAGCCGCAGGGGGAACUCGCGAGCCAAUCUCGGGACCGCGCGCCGAUUGGCUCCUUGGGAAACAGCCGUUCAAGAUUGAAGCUCUAGGAAUUCACCGUUUGGCUGAAACAGGCACAAAUUUCCGUUGGAGAAAAGAAAAAAAAAACCCUAACGGCGGAGGACAGUCUUUAACUGUGAAACUCUGGAAGUGUUAUUAAUCUAGAAGAGGUUAUAUCCAGAAGAGAUUAGAUCCUAGACAUUUCUGGGGUUUAGAUAUUAAAGAAGAUUAUUUAAGACUCCUCUUGGAAUCAAAUAGCAUGGAUCUCAGCAGUGACUACCAUUUCCUCAACCAGAUUUUGUGGAGAAGAGUGAGACUUACAUUAGUUUGUGGCAUUUUUGAAGGAGUGCUGCAGCAUGUGGACCCUGACAAGAUUGUUGUUCUGAAGAAAGUGAAGAAUGUAGAGACCGGUCUCAGUGUCCCAGGAGUGAAGAUGUUUUUUGGACAUGAGAUUGUGAAUGUGGAACUACUGGACGAAGUGGAACAAGGUGCAGUAAGAGAAAAGGCUUCGCCUGUUAGUCUAAAUACAGAAAGAACCAAGAUGGAUACAAUAAAAGAUGAAGACCUAAAUGUACGUAAGCCUGCUUCUCCUGCCCCUGAGGUGCCAAUAACCUCUCUUCUGAAUGACUUCAAGUACAGCCCAUCUGAGGAAGAGGAGGUGACAUACACAGUCAUUGAUCAGUUCCAGCAGAAGUUUGGUGCUGCAAUGCUCCACAUCAAGAAGCAAAGUGUCCUGAGUGUGGCAGCAGAAGGAGCUAAUGUGUGUCGUCAUGGGAAACUAUGUUGGCUUCAGGUGGCCACAAAUAGCCGGGUUUACUUGUUUGACAUUUUCCUUCUGGGAAGUCGUGCUUUCAACAAUGGACUUCAGAUGGUAUUAGAAGACAAGAGAAUUUUGAAGGUUAUUCAUGAUUGUCGUUGGCUUUCUGAUUGCCUCUCUCAUCAGUAUGGAAUUCUGCUGAAUAAUGUCUUUGACACCCAGGUAGCAGAUGUCCUUCAAUUUUCCAUGGAAACGGGAGGCUUUCUUCCAAACUGCAUUAGUACUUUACAGGAAAGUUUAAUCAGACACCUUAAAAUAGCCCCUAAACAUCUCUCCUUUCUGGAAGUGAGACAAAAAUGGAUUCGAGAAAACCCAGAACUGUGGUUCACACGACCUCUUUCACCUUCUUUGCUGAAAAUUUUGGCUUUGGAAGCUACCUACCUGCUCCCCCUUCGCUUGGUACUCUUGGAUGAAAUGAUGUCUGACCUAACUACCCUGGUGGACAGAUACCUAAACACCUACCGAGAAGGGUCUGCAGACCGACUGGGAGGCAUGGAGCCUACAUGUAUGGAGCUCCCGGAGGAACUGUUUCAACUCCAGGACUUCCAGAAGCAGCGCAGAGAGCGAGCGGCAAAAGAAUAUAGAGUGAACGCGCAGGGACUCCUAAUAAGGACAGUACUACGUCCAAAGAAAUCGGUGACAGAGACAGCAGGGAAAGAGGGAAAGGUACGAGGUUUCUUACUUUGUAAAAAUUCUACACAAGAUAAAGCCCCAAAUAUUACAUCUUAUGAGGAUGUAAAUUUACUGAAAGAAGAAUCUAAGAGUAGACAAACCACAGUAGAGCCUCAAUAUCUACCUCACACAAAGGAAGAUGCCAGCGAGGAUUCCAGUUACAACCUAAAUUACCCUGAGUCAGAGGGGGUUAAAGACCAGAGAAUAACUCAAAAAAAACACCUCAAGAUACCUAAACAAGAGUUUCAGACAAGUUUAUCUUUGAAAGAGGAGAUAGAACAGUUAUUGAUGGCGGAAAACAAGGAAGAUCUAAAGGGUACAAAACAAGAUGUUUCAGUGUCUCCUUCCCUUCCUCAGGAAACCGGAGUGUCUCCAAGUGACAUUUUUCAUCCUUUUAGGAAAGCUGUGCUUCCCACACUUCCUCCCUGCCCAGCUUUGGAAAAGACUGAUUCCUGGUUAAAUCCAGAUUCUCCCAAUCUGCCUUAGAGAUAUGCAGUUUGUUUUUGAGGCCAUUAAGGUGGUUUAUUUCCACUGUCAUCAGGGCCUUCCUCAGUGCUUAAGUUUCUCAUGUUGUAAAUUCAGUUUUGUCUCAGUCACAGUCUUCAGGGAAAAUUAUAUCCUCUUACUUUCUGUAUUCCUGGAAUUUGAUUAGGAUCGGAAUGAAUAAGUUAAAUAAUGGAAGAAGUAGAUUUUCUGAUUAUGUCAUUCUGUAGAAAUGUUCCCUGUGGCCAGACUAAAUUAUUUCUCAUAAUUUGGGUUUAAAAGAUUUGAAGAAGGGAAAAAUUUUGGACUUAGUGUCUGAAAGAACCUAUACUUUAAAUUUUUUUGUUGUGUUUUUUGGUUUGAAGGGGGUUGGUAAAACUCUUAGCCAGAAGUUUAAAAAAAAUUAUACCCAACAAGUUUAUCAGAACUUUUUUCCUUUUAAAAAUACUAAUAAGUAAGUUUAUCAGGUAUACUUCAGUAAAGCUGAAAAAUCCAACUUUAUUUUUCAAUUUAAAUUUUCAGUCUGUCUUAUGUUAUAGACAAACAAUAGUUAAUGUUACUACAGGAAUCAGUAUAACUGUUCUAGUUUCAUUUCAUUUCAUUUACUUUUAGACAAUUUUGUCCUUUUUCCUUAAAAGCAGGGACUUCUUUAAAGUAUGUCUAUUAUGUAAACUUUAAGUUUGAUUGCACUCUGUUUGCCUGGAGAUGGUAUGCUUUCUUAGGGUGAAAAGAAGGCAAGUUGUCCUGAGUCUUUUUAUAUUGAAUACUUGCAAGCUGCUCACAUUCUUUUGUGUAUAAUAAGCAAUAAACCUGUUUUGGCAUUA